AUGGCUACUACUGUAACGGAAUGCCGUAUUAUUUUGGAAGAUGCAACGAUUAGGCCUGAAGAUAAUUUACCAUCUUGUCCUGCGCUGGAAGAUGAACCAGUUGGAGAAGUUAUGGAAAGAAUUUGCGAUAUGUGUCAUGAAUUAAGUUCCCAUGAAAGGCCCAAUAUGAGGAUCGAGUGCAGAGCUGAUUGUUUCACAACUGACGCAUUCCGGGAAUGCCUGAAACUCUUCACACCACGUCGUCACACUCGACACCUCCGACAAAAAUUUGAAGUACGUGGAUUGAACGUCUUCUAA